UCAGUUUACUCUGAUGAUUGUAAGGUCUGUACUGCUAUAUCUUCACAAUACUGAUCUGCAAAAAUCUUUAAAUAAUAUUGUAGAGUGAUGUUCAUGCUUUAGUGACGGAGUUUUUUGGUGGCCCUGACAAGCUGUUUGGAAGAGGUAGUGUUGAGACGAUGUAUCGAGGCCGCAACUGAGUGUGUAUGCCUGUUGGUAGAGAGAACAGUUGGCUGAGGUCCGUGAGUCGGCGACUCUACAUCGGUUGAAGGGACUGUGGUGCAGCAGUUGGCCAAGUGUAGUGGUUUGCCUGUAGCCAAGUUGGCUAUGUUGAGAAGGCGAGUUUGAGGCUAACUCUGAGAGUACCCUUGCCAUCGUCGUAGGUGCUUCAUUAGUUGAUAAGCAAGAACUCGUCAGAGAGACGAGUUUGCUGUCAUUGUUCAUUAAUGAUUGGUGAGAGCUCGUCGGGUAGAUGAGUCGAGGUAUGAGUGAGACCUCGUCAGGUUGAUGAGUCUGAGGGUAUGAAUGAGACCUCAUCGGGUCGACAAGUCUCAGGGUAUGAGUGAGACCUCAUCAGGUUGAUGAGUCUGAGGGUAUGAGUGAGACUUCAUUGGGUUGAUGAGUCUGAGGGCAUGAGUGAGACCUCAUCGGGUUGAUGAGUCCGAGAGUAUGAGACCUCGUCAGGUUGACAAGUCUGAGGGUAUGAGUGAGACCUCGUUGGGUUGAUGAGUCUCAGGGUAGGAGAGACCUUGUUAGGAUGACGAAUCUGAGGGUAUGAGUGAGGCCUCGUCGGGUUGAUGAAUCUGAAGUCAGUGGGCCAGUACCCCUGCUUAAAUACGCACUGGCUCUGCUCUGAUUCGCUGCAGAGUGGAGGGCGAAACUAUUCCAGAACCGGUAGUGAUACCUAACAAGUAUCGUGGUAACCGUAGAUUUCCACUACAGUGCAAUGGCUAAGUCUGAGGUCCCACAGGGAUCACAUUUGGGCCCUUUAUUAUUUUUAAUGUUUAUAAAUGACCAUAAGACCUUUCUUUCUGCUAAACCACUUCAUAAACUUAGCUUCAGUGAGUUCACCUACUGUGCUAUGUGGCUGGGCCGCAAGUAUACUUAAGCCAAGAAGCAAAAAAGCUGAGCUUAGCAUAGGAAACGACACUAUACAAGUUAGCAUGACCAAAGGAUUCUCGCAAGAAGGGGUAGGAUGUAGUUGUGGUUCAGCGGAUUCCAUAAUAAGUUGAUAAGGUGUGCCGAAGUACGUUCUAGUAAUUCUAAACCAAAGAGUGUGAAUAAAUCCUCGCAGUACAUUUUCUAUUGACUUACUUAGUAUUUUCUGAUGUGGUGACCAAACAACUGAACAGUAUUCUAAAAUGGCACAGACCAUAGUCUCAAACAGUAUAAUCACUGUUUCUGCAUCCUUAAAAUUUUUUAUAGUUCCAUGUAAGCAACCUAAAAUUUGCUUUGUCUUAUUUAUCGAGGUGCAAUGCAAGUUAAAUGUCAGAUUAGGAAGUUAGAGUAGGUGAUUCCAUCUUUAAUGGUAGUCUGUCCAAUUGCAUGUUUUGCAUGUCAUAAUUGCAGAAGAAACAUUACAUCCAAGACUAUAACUAAUAACCUUACACUUAUUUAUAUUUAGUUCCAUGCCGUUGCAUGAACACGACCCAACAAGAUUAUUUACAGAUUUUUGCAAAAGCUCAACAUCUCGAAUGGAAGUUUUAGUGGUAUAGACCUUCAGGUCAUCAGCAAAGAAGGAGAUUUAACUGUGUAAAAACAAGGAGAAAUAUUGUUAAUAAAUACUUCAAAAAGGAAUGGGUCGAGUAACGGCCCCUGAGGUACACCAGAUGAGACUACUAUUUUUUUAGAAGUUACUAAAUUAAGUUUCACAAAUUGAUUUCUAUCUUGCAAUAAGGAGCUAAACCAUUUGAGGAGAGAACCAUGUAUUCCGAGCAUGUUGAGUUUUCAGAUAAGGAGACAAUGGUCAUCUUUAUCAAAUGCCUUGGCAAAAUCUAAAUAUAUUGGGUCAACUGUUGAUGCAUAGCUUUUGUUGUGUACUCUUGAAAAAGAAGAUUAUUAGUGAAUAAGUAUUAUUUAAGGAUUUAGUAAAGGACUGACAGUUUUUUAAAUCCAAGAUAGGAAGAAUAUUCAGAAAUAUAUCAAAAUACAAGAAUUAAAAUUUAACUUAAUAGUAAAAGGAGGUGGUAGUUUUUAGUCCGAUCCUCUUAUAUUCCAUCCAGAGGAGCAAUUUGCUAGGGCUUGGGCAACCUAAACAUAAUGCAAGUUAACCCUAUACCAGAAUGAUGGUUAGAAAACAAAUACUAACGUGCCAUUUAAAGAAGAAACCACUCAAGACUUAAACUUGGUGACUAGACAGUCUUGAUGGGCACAGUGCGACAAGCUUUGUAGCCUUCACAUAAGGGCCUAACCUAACCUGAAAGUUAAGAGGAUGGAGGUUUCCCAUCCAUUUCACAUAUCUGCCAUCCGGCCCGGAGGACCAAUUUGAUGGGGUUUGAGCAAUUUAAACUGAACGUUGGCUAUCCCUUCACUUAAAUACUGAUUACAAAAUGAAUACCAGUUAUAAUCUACCUGUAUUAAAAAAAUUAUCCACUCAAAACUUAAACUUGAUGAACCCAGUGCGAUAAGUCUUGUCGAGAGCAAAGCGUGGAAACCACGUUUUUCAGGUAUUAUGUAAGGAUUUAGUAAAGGACCGACAGUUUUUAAAAACUGAGAGAGGAAGAAUAAUCAGAAUUAAAUCCAAAAUACAAGAACUAAAAUUUAGUCUGUGAUUCAGUAAAGCAAUGGAUCUUGCCCAUGCGCUUUAGUGAGGAGGGCCUUUUUCAUACAAGAACAAUACAGGAAUUGUAGCAUAUUCAAGCACACAAACCUUUUGAGGAUCGAAGAUGGACAGACCAAAAAGACCAAAUUUAAUUAUAUAAAAUAAUAUUAAAAUUAUUCAAAGAAACUUAGGCAUGUUCAGAGAAUAUAUAUGAAAGAUAUCCAUGCUAAUUUACUUUUCUAGCAGUUUCUAAAUCAUAGAAGAAUUCAUUACUUAAAUAAAUUUGUUCAGAAACCAAGGAAAAAUUAUUAUUUUUAUUUUUGAAAGCAAAGAAUGAGGGAGAAAUUGUAGUAAGAUAUAUCUAGCAACAAUGCUUUCACUAUUGACGUGAAUAGAUCGAGUUGCUGAGCACCAUUGAUCUAACAACCCAAUUCCAUUACAUUAUUUGGUCCAUUAAGUCGAAAUAAUAAGUAUUUCAAAAUGUUCAAAAAAGCUGUCAAAGCACAUUUUAUUAAAAAAAAGCCAAGUUUGAGCCAAGUGCUGCAUGAAACUUUGCAACUACAAUGGGACGAGAUCAAAAGCUCGAUGAACAAAUUUUCUUAUUUCAAACAUUGGUCGAGCAAGGCAAUCCAUCAGUUCUGCGUGCACUCAAACAUCGUCAGAUACAAUCCUGAUGACGUUAUAAGAGUUAAAGAUGACACGAAUGUUUUUGUGACGCAUUUCAUCCUCGAGGGAUCGGUCACAGUUAUUCAGCGAAUAUUAGUCAAGAAAAUCUUGAAAAAGGGUGACAAACAUGCAAAAUUCAUUCUGUACAAAGAUCAGAACGCUGACACUAACAAGAAAAAUAACUUGCACAAUAUUUUUAUGCAAACGUGCCAUUUGUUUCAAGGGGCUUGUUUUGGUUUAGGAGAAACUCUCUCCAAUCACAUUAUUAAGGCAAACAAAGGCCUGAAGUGUCUUGUAGUGCCAAGAUUUAUCCUUUUCCAAGAUUACACACCCGAUAACAUUUGGAGGAGAAUAAUAAUGUUUUUAGACAUGAACUACCCAACGCUUGAAGAAGUAUUCCGCGAAUUUGUCAAUGGGCGGAGGUGGGCCGAAUUUUCUGAAGAUUUAUACCUCCACAAAUUUGGCGAAAAGAAAGUCCUUGUCGACUCAGUGAUCCAUGAUGUGCCUAUAAGUCUCAGAGGUGAAGAUCUUUAUCUUUUAAAUGAACUCAACCAGAUUUAGGCCGUAUUUAUGUUUGAAAAAUAU